CUCCCACUGCCUCUGUCUCCCUCUCUCCACGAACUGCCCAGGAGUGAGCAGCUGCUCCCGGUUGGUCUUGCCUGACGGACAGAUACACGGACAGCCUGACAUCCUAGCCCACCAACUAACCAGCCUGCACGUGGCUGCUUCCCCCUCCCCAGGAACAUUCACCAUGAGUCCCCUGUGGCUACUCACCUUGAUGCUGGCCCUGAGCCAGGCCCUGCCCUUUGAGCAGAAGGGUUUCUGGGACUUCACCUUGGAUGAUGGGCUGCUCGUGAUGAAUGAUGAGGAGGCUUCAGGCUCAGACACCACCUCAGGUGUCCCCGACAUGGACUCUCUUACACCUACCUUCAGUGCCAUGUGUCCUUUCGGCUGCCACUGCCACCUGCGGGUUGUUCAGUGCUCUGACUUGGGUCUGAAGACUGUGCCUAAGGAGAUCUCACCUGACACCACACUGCUAGACCUGCAAAAUAAUGAUAUCUCUGAGAUCCACAAGGAUGACUUCAAAGGCCUCCAGCACCUCUAUGCCCUGGUCCUGGUAAACAAUAAGAUCUCCAAGAUCCAUGAGAAGGCCUUUAGCCCUCUGCGGAAGCUGCAGAAACUCUACAUCUCCAAGAACCACCUGGUGGAGAUACCUCCCAACCUGCCCAGCUCCCUGGUGGAGCUACGCAUCCAUGACAACCGUAUCCGAAAAGUGCCCAAGGGCGUGUUCAGCGGGCUCCGGAACAUGAAUUGCAUUGAGAUGGGUGGGAAUCCCCUGGAGAACAGUGGCUUUGAACCAGGAGCCUUUGAUGGUCUGAAGCUCAACUACCUGCGCAUCUCAGAGGCCAAGCUAACUGGUAUCCCCAAAGAUCUCCCUGAGACCCUGAAUGAACUUCACCUGGACCACAACAAAAUCCAGGCUAUUGAGCUGGAGGACCUACUUCGUUACUCCAAGCUGUACAGGUGAGGUUGGGGCAGUCCUU